UUUUCCUCCGCAGUCUCCCCGCGGUCUCCGCCCCCCGGUCUGCCUGAAUGGGAACACCCAGAGCGGGAUCCCCGGCGCUCCUGGCAUCCAUCCCAAGCACAGCACAACCGGGUUGAACAGCGUCCUUAGCGGGGUUUCAUUGAGAAAAGCGGCGCACACUGCAGAUAACAUAUUUGACUGCAAUGUUCCACCUGCCGCAGGAUGUUGUCUUUAGAUCUGGAAACUGAUACUACUGCGGAGGACACGGCGCCGAGCAGCCCGGAUGGUGGCGCGGAGACACCGGCCAGUCUCGAUGUGCUGGAAGAGCAAUGGCCGAUAAAGCAGUCACUGAGUGCCUCUAUGUGCCGCGAGACUCAUUGGCGUUGCCUCCUCCUGUCAUUGCUCAUGUACAGCUGCCUGGGAGCUGUGGCCUGGUGUCAGCUCACACAGGUGACCAAGCUGAGCUUCGAUUCCUCCAGCACGUCCCUUACAGCCUCAAUGAACUCUCUCAGAGGAGGAGGUCGCUCCAUGAUAUACCACGACAGCCCUUGCUCUGAUGGUUAUGUCUACAUCCCGCUGGCCUUCCUGCUCAUGCUCUAUGCCGUAUACCUUAUGGAAUGCUGGCACUGUCGAGCCCGCAGUGAGUUACAAUGCAAGGCCAAUGCUGAGAGUGUGUAUGAAAGAGUUUUGCGAAUGCGCCAAGCCCGACCUUGCGUUUGGUGGAAAGCCAUCAGUUACCACUUUGUACGUAGGACUCGACAAGUAACGCGUUACCGAAAUGGAGAUGCCUACACGACCACGCAGGUUUACCAUGAGCGUGUAAACACACACGUGGCAGAAGGCGAGUUCGACUACAGCCGGUGUGGAAUGAAAGAUGUUUCACGCAACUUACGUGGACUGGAAGGUCACGCGGCGACGCGGUUGCAUUUCUCCAAAUGCUUCAGCUUCGCGGGAGCAGGACCUGAAAAUGCAUACCUCAAUCAGCGUGCCAGGUUCUUCUCAGAAAUUGAGGGCCUUGAUGACUACAUGGAAGCCCGUGAAGGGAUGCUUUUAAAGAACGUCGACUUUAAAGAGCACCUCAUAGCUUAUGUGGAUCCUGACCAGCUGCCGUGGUACACAUCACGGGUCACCUUCUGGAUGGCAGCUCUCCUCAUGCUCUCCUGGCCACUGCGAGUGCUGAUUGAGUACCGGACAGCAUUUGUGCACUACCAAGUUGAGAAACUAUUCGGAUUGGAGUAUACAAACAACAGCCCAUCUCCAGAGGGCGAUGACACCACGAGGAACAAUCGCUAUGGCCUUCCAAGAGCAGAAACGGUGGACAGUACAGAGCUGGAAUGGCACAUCCGCUCAAACCGCCAGCUUAUUCCAAGCUACUCAGAGGCCAUGCUGAUGAACCUGGGGGCUUCAGGGUCAAACCACAGAGACAGUAUCUCCUCCAACCGUUUACUGUUGGACAGUUGCUCAACACAGAGCUACGGGACGCUGGUGCAGAACUGUGAGCACUGUUGCCAACAAGAAGGAGGGGAAAGGCGGCCAACCAUCAGCUCCAGCUGUUCCUCCAUCUUCUCUCGGCACACCUUCCACUCGCGUUUGUCCCUGGACACCUCACACUUCUCGCUCUGCCGCAUGUAUGGCUCCAGACGCACCGUAGGACUGUGGAGAAGCCGCAGUAGCACCCUAACAGAGCGAUGCUGCCCUGACGAGCAGUGCUGUAGGUCUUACACCAGUCAGCUGGCUCUCAAUGACAGCCCACCAAACUAUCAAGACGCUCGAUUCUUUCCAGUCCUCAUAGUACACCGGUCUGAGGGCUGCGGAGAGUCCUCUGAGGUCAGGAGGUAUUAUGUCCGCAGAGGCUCCUGUUGUGUGGAGACUUCAGUUUAAAGAGGUGCUUUACCUAAAGAUUUUAAUUUGCUGUAAUUUACUCACAACCAGGCCUUUCAAGAUGAAAACUUUUUCUUCAGUAGACAUUUACAAUUUUUUUUAGCUAAUUACAAGUUUUUUUAGCUAAAACUGUGGAGAUUUAUAACUGAGAGAGACAAUAUUGUUCCUCAAAAUGGUGCACUAUAAAACCUGAUAAGUUCAAAUUAUGCAAAACAAUUGUGGAAAGCCUCAAAUAAAACUCAACAUUUGUGUUAAAUUAAAUUUUUCUACCAUGACAAAAUGUUUGUAGUGAGUGGUACAGCGUACAGGUGGCUCUUAUUAACAUUUAAUUCAGAAGUUUCCAAAAUCUUCUAUUAAUGAACUAUCAAAGAUGCUAUUUAUAUGCCCUUAUAUGAUGACAGCUGGGAACCAUGCAAUAUAUAAAGUUUUAAACUAGGGAUGUCCAGAUCUGAUCACGUGAUUGGGGAUCGGGCCCAAUCACGCAGUUUAAGGCUCGAUUGGAAUCGGACGUUACCUCCCAAUCAGGACUCGAAGAUAUAUAUUAGUGCUGUCAAUUGCUAAUAUUUCACAAGGAUUCUGAUACAUCAACGUGAAGCAUAUGCUUUACAAAAGUUGCGUUUAAGGGGGAAACACGUCAAACUUAUUAAAACAUUGGAGGGCACAUGCUGAAAAGCAGAGGAAUGCGCUUGUCUUUGACAGCGCGGACUUCAUCUGGCACUUUCUGAGUACAUUUACUUGGACACCAACACUCCGAUUUUAAUAUGAUUAAGAUAAUAAAAUUAUUAAGAGCUUACCAUGUAAAGGACCAUCUUAAAGGACCACCGAGUCACAAAAUGCAGAGAUUUUUCUUUACAAUUGCCUUGCGGUAUCAAUUUCCAUUAAACAAAAGUCAAAAGUUAAAAAUGAAACACCCGAAAUUGCAUGAAACUCUGGAGG